AUGGCCCGGUCUUUAGACCAUUCUGCUGGUGGUUCUAUGCAUAUGAGAAAGAUAAUUGAAGAGGUUCACGAGCUUAUUGAGAUAGUUGCCAGUAAUCAGCAUCUGUACUCAGCUGCUGAGACUUCUAUGAAAGGAGAGGUUAAGGCAAUAUUUACUGAAUCUAACCCUCCAAAACAGGAUGGUCCAUUGACUCAGCAAUUACAUGCCCUUGCCCAGCAACUGCUGGAAUUGCAAGAGGUUUUGAGAGAAACUCAGGCUUCUAACAAGAAUGUGGAAGCCCAGUUGAGUCAAACAAGCCAGCAGUUAUCUAAGCAAAUAACAGAAGUGUCAGGCCAUUCAACUGAGGAGUGGAAAAGUACUAAAUACCCAACCUCGGGUCAAGAUGCUAUAUCCCCAAAAGCUUCGCCAAGCGAAAAAGAUAAACAAUUUGCCCGUUUUGCGGAUUAUCUCAAGACACUUGAGAUCAAGAUUCCUUUUGCAGAGGCUCUUGAACAGAUACCUUUUUAUGCAAAAUUUAUGAAGGAUAUCUUAAGCCAUAAAAAGGAUUGGAGAGAGGAAGAAAUAGUCUUCCUCAUUGAAGAGUGCAGUGCAGUAAUUCAAAGAAGCUUACCAGAGAAACUCAAAGAUCCUGAAAGCUUUAUUAUACUCUGCACUUUGGGUGAUGCUUGCACAAGAACUGCAUUGUGUGAUCUUGGGACAAGCAUCAACCUGAUACCAGUUUCAUUAAUAAAGAAACUCGAUUUUAUGGUACUGGAAAUGGAUGAGCACAAGAGUGCAACCCUCAUACUAGGAAGACCCUUCCUAGUUACAGGAAGAACUCUCAUUGAUGUUAAAAAAGGGAAAGUAACACUAAGAGUCAGUGAGGAUGAGUUUGUGCUAAAUGUUGUUAAAGCCAUGAAGCAUCCAGACACUCCAGAGGAGUGCGGAGCAUUGAUAUCAUUGAUUCCUUGGUGGAAGAAGUGA